AUGGGUGGCUCUGGCUCUGGCUCUGGCUCUGGCUCUGGCUCUGGGAAUUUUAUCCAAGUUGUGGCAAACAACUUUGAUGUUCUUGUUUUGCCUCUUGUCACUCUUGUUUAUCCCUUAUAUGCUUCAAUCAAGGCUAUAGAAACUAAAUCUCGCACAGAUGACCAGCAAUGGCUAACCUAUUGGGUUCUCUAUUCCAUGAUGACCCUAUUCGAGCUAACAUUUUCCAAAAUCCUGGAAUGUAUCCCAAUCUGGCGUUACGCCAAGCUGAUAAUCACCUGCUGGUUGGUUCUGCCUCACUUCAAUGGGGCGGCACAUGUUUAUCAGCACUUCAUCAGACCAGUCUACCUGAACCCACAAAGUGCUCAAAAGAUCUGGUAUGUCCCUCGGAAGAAGGACAUGUUCAGUAAGCAAGAUGAUAUUUUAACUGCUGCUGAGAAAUAUAUGGAAGAGCAUGGAACUGAGGAUUUUCAGAGGCUUAUAACUAAGGCUGACAGAGAGGAUAGAGCCAGGAGGAACGGCAAUUAUAUGAUCUUUGAUGAUGAUUAUAUAUAUUGAACUCCAGCAUCUUUGGAAAAGAUCAUGACUCUUGUUCUUGUAUGAGUACUUAAGCAUGUAGCUGUGUCUACUUUAACUUUUUAGGACAAAUUGCAAGUGUAUUGGAGAUUUUCUCAGCUUAAUUUGCUCCAUUUAUUUAUUUAUUUUUUUCCUGCAA